AUGUUCGCUUUAAAGUAUUGUUUCAUGAAACCACUGGUAAGAUUUAAUUCAUCGUCGGCUGCAACUGAGUUUUUUAAUAGGAACCCUCGAAACUUAGAAAGAAUGCGUAUUGGACGAAAACCUGAUGGAUAUCAUUUAGAAAAACCUGGUAGAAAAUUCUGGCACAAACUUGAAGUAAAAGGUUCUAAUCGAACAGUAACAGCACAAGUAGUGCACUAUCUUAAUGGUCCAGUGGUUGAAGCUAAAACUUCAGAAUGGGCCCUCAGAAAGCAAUUAUACAGUAUGGUCGACACAAGUGCAUAUAUGAACUUGGGAAGAGUACUUGCACAACGAUGCCUUGAGUGUGGAAUAUCAGAAAUAUAUUGUGAUCUGAAACCGCAAGAAGGUAGUAAAAUUGAAAAGUUCCUGAAAGAAUUUGAAAACGGAGGGAUCAAUUUGUCAGAGUUAGAUGUAUAUAAGAAUCCACAACCAUGGGAUCAAUUUAGGCCAGAGAAGCCUUGGGAAGUCACAGAAGAAUAA